GUGCAAUGACUCAAUACAUACCUACAGAAAUUUUAGGUAAAGUAAUACUAGAGAAAAUAUCAGAUAUCCAAAAUAUAACGUCAGAUGCAAAAAUAGGCUAUACACUAGAAGUUGAUCUAGAAGCUCUAGUGCACUUACACGAUUUCUUUACAAAUUAUCCUUUAGCACCAGAAAAGCAAAUUGUACCAGAAAACUGGCUUAACUUGUAUAAUGAAAGAUUAGUACGUGGUAAGGCAGUUGGAGAUGGAAAAUAUGUAUCUGAAGAGAA